AAAUUAAUAAAAUCAAAUCUUACUUUGGAACCUAUUAACAUUAUAUUUAAAUUGAAAAAAAGUAAAAUUUGUUUUCUUGGAUCAGAUUCAGCUUUAAUGCUUUAUUUUUACCGGGUUUCAUUUCUGUCUUGAACCCCACACUCGUGAAUUCUUCACCUCAGACGCAGUUCUCUUGAAACAUCCGUCAUUUAUGGAAGCCGAUUCAAAGCCAAAGAAAUCCGGAGCUCGACUGUGUUGCGUUUGUAACCAGAACAGGGCUGCCCUCAAAAGACCCAAAACCCUAGAGCAGAUAUGCAGGGAGUGUUUUUACGCGGUGUUUGAGGAGGAGAUUCACCAGGUAAUUUUGGAGAACCAGCUGUUCAAGCCUGGUGAGCGUAUUGCUAUCGGUGCCUCCGGGGGGAAAGAUUCCACUGUCCUUGCUUAUGUGUUAUCGGAACUGAAUCGACGACAUAACUAUGGCCUUGAUCUUUUUCUUUUAUCCGUUGAUGAGGGCAUAACAGGGUACAGGGAUGACUCACUUGAAACUGUCAAAAGAAAUGAACUUCAGUAUGGGCUGCCCUUAAAAAUUGUUUCCUACAAGGAUUUGUAUGGAUGGACAAUGGAUGAAAUAGUAAAGAUGAUUGGCUUAAAAAAUAACUGCACAUUUUGUGGUGUUUUCCGCCGUCAGGCCCUUGAUCGAGGUGCUGCAUUGCUGAAAGUUGACAAGGUUGCUACAGGACAUAAUGCAGAUGAUAUUGCUGAAACUGUCCUUUUGAACAUAUUACGAGGUGAUAUUGCUAGACUGAGUAGAUGCACUUCAAUUAUAACUGGGGAAGAUGGACCGAUUCCCAGAUGCAAACCUUUUAAAUAUACCUAUGAGAAGGAGAUCGUGAUGUAUGCUUAUUUCAAGAAGCUGGACUACUUCUCCACCGAAUGCAUUUAUUCUCCAAAUGCAUAUCGUGGGUUUGCUCGUGAAUUCAUAAAAGAUUUGGAGAGAAUCAGGCCCAGGGCUAUACUUGACAUCAUUAAAUCAGGUGAGGAUUUUCGAAUUUCCACUACAACCAAAAUGCCUGAGCAGGGAACCUGUGAACGAUGUGGUUAUAUUUCUAGCCAGAAAUGGUGCAAAGCUUGUGUCUUGCUGGAGGGGCUGAAUCGAGGUUUACCAAAGCUUGGCAUUGGUCGUAAUCAAGGCCUAAACAGUGAUGGUAAGAAAGAUAGAAAAAGAGAUAGCAGAACACCAAGUAUUGAGAGCAAGCAAUGUGGAAGUUUGGAAUUCUGAUCCAGAGUUUUAGAUUGCUUAUGGAAUUAUCAAAUUGUUGUUUGAUUGGCCACCCAAGAUCUCAUAUCUUCUCUUUUUAGAGCUUCCUAAUGAAUAGUUAGGCAAACAAAAGCAGUUAAUCGCACUGUUUGAGCUAUUAGAACUAAUCAUGGAAUAGGGAGAUAUUGUGUUCAAUCAUUUUUGGGAUGAGCAACAGAGGAUCGGUUAAUAAUUAUAUUUAGUAUAUAAGCUAAGAUCUCACCGGGGUCUAAUUUAA